CUCUCAAACAAACGAAACAGCUGGUGUCAUCACACACAACACAUUGGUUUCUCCGUCUUUCUUGGAGAGAAAACAAGUGUUUCUUCGAUCCGACCAACACCACCUGCAUCCACCCACCUCCGAAAAAACCUGUAUACAUUAAUUCUGUAUGUUGUGUAUAUAUCAUUUUUGGUGACUAUAAUGACACAAGUAUUUUCUCUGCUCCUCUUCAUUCCUCAAUUCCACAACACCACGCUCUCCCAACUAGGAGCUAGAUCUCUCUAAUGGCGCCUCAAGGACUCCUUGGAUCUUCUAUCUCUUUAUCACCUCUCCCCAACAAAUAUUCACUUCCCAGAACCUCACCUGCAAUCUCUACGUUGAAAUUAGUGGAAAUUGAGAAGACCCAUUUCAAAGGCACCCCUGGGUUGCGGCUGAAGGCCUCGAUGGAGUCCUCAUGGCUUACUGAGGAACUCGCAAAUAACAAACAGAAUAUUACAUCAGGAACUCAAAGUGGGUCUGAUUUGUUCAAUGAAAUGAAAAACAGGUUUCUAAGUUUCAAGCAACACAAAUUCCUGGAAGAAUCGGAACACUUCCAAAAUCUUGCCAAGGGUCAAGCACCAAAGUUCAUGGUGAUUGCUUGUGGAGAUUCUAGGGUUUGUCCGUCCAACAUCCUAGGGUUUCAACCAGGAGAAGCCUUUGUAAUACGGAAUGUGGCAAAUCUAGUUCCCCCAUUUGAGAAUGGGCCGACAGAAACAAAUGCUGCCCUUGAGUUUGCCGUCAAUUCUGUACUUGUUGAAAAUAUACUAGUCAUUGGCCACAGUUGCUGCGGAGGUAUACGUGCCCUUAUGAGUAGGCAAGAUGAAGUAAAUCCAAGUAGCUUCAUUGGAAGUUGGGUAGUGGUUGGGAAGAAUGCAAGGUCAAGCACGAUGGCUGCCGCUUCCAACCUAGACUUUGAUCAUCAGUGCAGACACUGCGAGAAGGAAUCAGUCAACCGUUCAUUGAUGAACUUGCUCACUUACCCAUGGAUAGAAGAAAAGGUGGAGAACGGAGUGCUUUCCAUUCAUGGGGGCUACUAUAAUUUUGUCGAUUGCACUUUUGAGAAAUGGACACUUGAUUACGAGGAAAGUGUUUCAAGGAAGGGAAGUGACAUGUACUGUUUAAAAAACCGAGAAUUUUGGGCUUGAUUAUGUUCUUUUUAUGCCCUGAUGAUUAGUAUAUGUUUCCUGGAUCAUAGCAUAUGUAUGUGCUAAUAAGCGUGGAGCCGUGGAAACCUAUCUAGAUGAACCUUAUCCUUUAUGAUAUGCCCCAUAUCAUAAAGGAUAAGGCAUUAUCUUUCAUCUAGAUAUGGGGGAAAAUUCUACCACUUGUGUUUGUAUUUUCAUUUCUAAUUUCCUUGUAUUGUGGUUCGAGUGAAAUGCUUUUUAUUGUAUCCUGGGCAGUUUCUCUGAACUCAAUGAUCAAGCUCUUAUUGUGUUA